GUCAGAGGGCAACAUUCUGGUCAUAGCUCACCCCGUGUGAAUACAUCUCUACACUCCUACCAUGUGCAAGGUAUUCCUACUGACUGUGGCGGGCGUGUUGGUGGCUGUGGCCUCCGCCCGUGCAUCCAACUCCUACAUCCAGCCUCAGACUUACAAAGAGGAGCCAAAGCCGUACGCGUUCACGUACGGAGUUCAGGACGACUACGCCGGCACCAACUUCGGCCAAAACGAACAGUCUGAUGGAAACACUGUCAGGGGUUCCUACACUGUCCAGCUCCCCGACGGUCGCAAACAGACGGUGGCCGCGCUAGUGGUGGUGCUGGGGUCAGCAGUCGCCCUUCCCUCAGACCUCUACGGCGCUCAACCUGUUUACAAAGAUGAAACCAUCCCUUACAACUACGCCUACGGUGUUAAGGACGACUACGCCGGCACUGACUUCGGCCACAACGAGGACUCAGAUGGCAACGCUGUCAAGGGCUCAUACAAUGUUGCUCUUCCCGACGGCCGCAUCCAAACAGUGAACUACGUGGCUGACCACUACAACGGGUACCAGGCUCAGGUGAGCUACAAGGGCGAGGCUCAGUACCCCCACGAGUAUGGUCCCGCUGUCACCUUCAAGCCCCAGCAAUACCAACCCUCUUACCAACCCCAGCCAUCAUACCAAUAAGCGCCGAUGUAAUAAUAUUCAUGUUACCUCUCCUAGUCCUAUAAGUGUAAAUAAAGCAUGUUUUAAUAAAUUUAAAU